AUGGACACAUCAGAGUGGAGCUCGAACCUUGCGGUGAGGAACAAGGAGCCUAUAGUCACCGUAAGAGAGAUUCUGCAAGAUUCGGAUGUCGACGACCAAAUCAUAGAACCAUGCUCCUCCCACAGUCCUCGUAAACGCAAUUAUUACGAGGUGGAGAGAAACUCGAUUAUUACUCCAUCGAUUCGCAACGAGAAAAAACAAGUAUCGCCAGCAAAGCGCCAACGCAAUGACAGAGGCAUGGGAUCAAUCUGCCUACAGACAGAACACAAUGGAAACAGUCGAGGAACUGUUUUCAUGGAAAAAGAGAUUGCUGAAUCGAAGAAGGGCAACGAAAGAAUACCUGAGACGCCCAAAAUUGGGAAACUAUGUGAGGGCUUUGAAGUGACGCUGUCCCCAAAUAACAAUCUGAUUAACCGUAACAUGAAUACCAGGGGAUCAGCACCGCCAUCAUCGCAUCCAUCUGGCCGCGAUGGACCGGAGUCUUCUGGUACCAAUGAGACCACAUCCAUCGAGGCAAGCAUGCUCCCAAUAGAAACACUUAGUCCCGCACUAGCACAUCUUAGCUCUGCGUACCACGAAAACCCCAGAUCAAAUUCUAUUUCUAGUAGCUCCGAUCAAUAUAAAUACCACAACCUCAAGAGCAACUACGAACAUAUUCCACACAACACUUCCAAAGCUCAAAUCCCUAAGGAACGCAGCGACAAGUACGAAUAUAAGCUUAACAACACUGAACUCAACAAAAAUUGCGAGCAAAUUAGCAACACCUUUGAAUCUCUCUUUCCCACAGUCGAAGAUUGGAUCGAGCUACAAAGGUCUCAAUUAGAUACAGUUAGUGAAAGAAUCAAUAGAAUUUUCAGCUUGAUACAACAAGGCGAACGACUACUACAGAACGUCAUGACUACCGAAAAUGCUUCUCAAUUGGAGCUUCUGAUCGACAGAAUCACUCAUGUACUCGCAGAAGAUUUUAGGAUCGAUGAUUCCAGCUCUGCAGUACCUAAUUUUCCACCAGAGAGAGAUUUCGUCGCCCAACUUACAAACGUGUAUGUGUCAACCGACCCUUCCCAGACUUUGGAAGAACUUCAACAAUUCGCCAAAAUGAGAUCAAACAUGAACGUAAGUUUGAGUGAGAAAGAAGAAAGGUUUGUCGAUACCAUUGAAGCUCUAGGCGCUACACAAACAAAGCUCAAGGAGGAAUGGAACAUGCUCAACUUAAAAGAAGGCAAGAGCAAAUUCAAAUUCAUGCUUGAGAUGAAUUCCUGUGAGCGAGCAAAAGUUCUGCAAAGGGUUUGGGAUUUGAAGAAAGAAAUUGCAAACUUCUACAUGUGUGCUGACACGAUAAGGUGA